CCCUUUUAAUUUUAUCAUAAUUAAUUUGAUAUAAUGUCUGUUCAACAGUCACUAGAACGUCACUGUGGAGGGGAGUAUCGAAAUGUUGAUCCCAACAAUUUGGCCUGCUUGCAAGAUGCCACCACCUUUUAUCAGUGGUAUAGCAAAUUAUACAAGUCUCACAUUUUGGAGCCUGCUUGUCCUGAUGAUGAUCCUGCUACCAAAUCGGAGCCGGUGUGUAAUAAUGUUGAUUAUUCUAAUUUGUUUGACCAAACAAGAUCUCUUGGACAGCUUACCAAUCUCAUAACUCCACUCCACAUCACUGCAAAAUGCCGAGACUAUUGGUAUACCCUCAUGACUUACUGGGCCAAUGAACUAACUGUUCGUGAUGCUAUUCAUGUCAGGAAGGGAACGGUUGAUCUUUGGGAAUUUUGCAAUUCCAAUUUAUCAUACACACGAAAUGCAAAUGAUGUGACAUCGUAUCAUGCAUACCUCAGCACCAAAGGUUAUCAAUCUCUUAUUUACAGUGGUGACCAUGAUCCUUGCAUACCAUUUAUUUCUACCCAAGCAUGGAUAAAAGCCCUAAACUAUUCAAUUGUUGAUGAUUGGAAACCAUGGUGGACUGAUGAUCAAGUUGCUGGAUAUACAACGACUUACUCAAAUGGGAUGACAUUUGCCACAGUGAAGGGAGGAGGACAUACAGUUCCUGAAUCUGCACCUUAUCAAGCUCUAGUCAUGUUUGCAAAAUGGAUACAAAAUGGUCACCUUUACUAAUGAUAUC